AUGAAUUCAACUGAAGAAAUGUCAAUUAAUGAACAAGAUUUAAAUAAUUUAUGUCUUUUGGUCGAACAGAAUCUCUUUGAUGAAUUCCAAAGUCAUUUUGAGAAAUUAGUCAAUUCAACUGAAUAUUUAACGACUUUAAUUGAACAUGGAAAUAAUAAAUUCAAUUUAUUAAUGUUGGCGUGUUUUCAUGGAAAUGAACAAAUUGUGAAAUAUCUUUUACAAUUUCCUUCUGCAAACGAACAAAUUGCACAACGAGGAAAUUUAAUUUUCAACGGAAGUCGUCAAAUCCAAGGUGGAAAUGUUCUUUAUUGUUCAUGUUUUCAAGGUCAUUUUCAUUUGGCAAAAUAUUUAAUUGAAUUUAAUGAAAAUCUUCUUGAUGAAGAUACAUUUGAUGAUCAAUCAUAUCCAUUAUUAUUAAAAGCAACAAUCGAAAAUCGUUUAGAUAUCGUUCGUUUUCUUCUAGAGAAUCGUUAUUCUCAUGUAAAUGAAACUCGAUCAUCUAAUAAUGAACAACGUACAGCUUUAAUGUGUGCAGCAUAUUACAAUCAUUCAACGAUUGCUGAAUAUUUGAUCAAUCACGGUGCUGAUGUUCAUUAUACCAAUCCGAGAACGCGUUUAAUUAAAACACCAUUGACAUGUGCAGUGAUCAGUGAAGCAUCGGAAGUAUUUCGUGUACUUUGGAAGGCAAAUGCUGGUCCAAAGUCAAAAGAUAAUGAUCUUCUCAAAUUGAUUGUUCAUCGACAUGCGUAUGACAUUAUGAUGUUUCUUCUCGAAGAAUCUUUUUAUUCUCCGGAUGAUCUUGAAGAUUGUACCGCUUCGAGAAUUUCAGAUCUUUCAGCAAAUUUUCAAAGGAUUCAAAAACUUUUGCCAUUCUUAGAAAUAUCUUUGAAACAACGACAAGUCAUCGGAUUGAAAAAAGUGUUACGCACACCAAGAUCAAUCUUUGAUUAUCAUCAAGAAUGUCAAACAAUCGAAGAAUUGAAAAACAUUGAAAACGAUCACGAACGAAUUCUAAUCGAAUGUUUAUUAAUUCAAGAACGUCUUUAUUUACCCAAUCGACGUACAAUUUUCAAAGAUGCUUUAGAAGAAUAUACUAAACGAUUGAUCUCAGCAGGAAAAUUCGAACAAACCUUCGAUGUUUGUUUAUAUUUUAUUGAAAUUGAUCAAGGUGAAUCGAGUUUAUUUUUAUUUAUUUGGAUUUUAUGUCGAAUGAUUUCUUCUCAAGAAAAAAUAUCAAUCGAAAGAUUUUUACAAGCGGCUUCAUUUGCACUUCAACCAUCUUAUAAUCAAUCUCGAGAAACGGAUGUAAACAAUGCUUUGUUCUUUGUUGUUAUUGCAAAUCGAAUUCUCGAACAAGAAGAUUUGAAUCUUAAACAACGAAAAUUGAUUUAUCGUUGGAUUAUCGAUCUUUGUCGAUUACAAUCAACGUGUAAUUAUGGACAAACAAUGUUACAUUUAUGUGUACAUAGAAAAACAUCGAAGAAUCUCACAUUUCGACCAUCUGAUACAACGCCAAUUAUUCGUUUUCCUAAUCGAUCUACAUUGAAAUUACUUUUAACAUAUGGAAAUUCUUGGUUGGAUAUCAACAGAAAAGAUCAAUUUGGUGAUACACCUCUUCAUAUUGCCUGUCAAGGUAUUGUCGAUGAAGAAAUUCUGGAAAUUCUUAUUAAAUCAGGAUCUCAUCUCGAUUGUGUUAAUCAAAAAAAUCAAACUCCGUUCGAUUAUUUAACAAUUCUUCGACCAAUAUCAAAAGCAAAACAAUUGAAAUGUCUUUGUGCUCAAAAAUUUCAUUUUAUUACAUUGUAA